CCCAUCCAUCAAUCAGCGACGUCUACCUCUUGUUAGCUGGACGCUUAAACCCUCUCCCAACUCUCGAGCUAGCUGGUGCAUUGUCGUCUCUUCUCCAACAGCCAGCCAGCAUACGCGUGCAACCACCAUGGGAGAAGUCGCCGCCGAGCUGCUGUACAACAUGGCGCCGCUGGCCCUGUCCGGUGCCGGUGCCGGUGCCGGCGCCGAGGUCGGCAGCUGCGCGCCCCUGCUCGCGGAGCUCAGGCAACUGUGGGGGGAGAUAGGCAAGAGCAGGGAGGAGAGGGAGCGGAUGGUGCACGAGCUGGAGGCGGAGUGCACGCGGGUGUACCGCCGCAAGGUCGACGAGGCCACCGGCGAGCGCGCGCUGCUGCACCAGUCGCUCGCCGCCAGCGAGGCCGAGAUCGCCGCCCUCACCGCCGCCCUCGGCGCCGAAAACUCCACGCAGUUCAAGGUGAACAAAUGGACCGUGUCCCUGAACGAGCGGGUGUCAUCGGCGACGGCUCUGCUGGAAGAGCUGCGGGCGAUGAGAGCAGAACGGAGCAAGCAGUUCUCUGACAUCCGGUCGGAGAUCGAGAAGAUCAGCGCUGAAAUCGCAGGGCGGAGCCACGGCCAGGACAACUCCCCCAGGGCCGGCGACGCCCAUGACCUGACCAUCAGGAGGCUCAACGACUACAGGGCACGCCUGUCCACUCUUCAGAAAGAGAAGUCGGAGCGUCUGCACAAGGUGCUCGAGCACGUGACGGAGGUGCACUCGCUGUGCGACGUGCUGGGCGAGGACUUCAUCGCCAUCGUGAACGAGGUCCACCCGGGGCUGCACGAGGCCGACCCCGGCAAGCCCACCAGCAUCAGCGACACCACGCUCACCAGGCUCUCCCAGGUCGUCGCCAUGCUCACCUCCGAGAAGGCCAAGCGAGCAGCCAUGCUGCGGGAAGCCGUGGUGCCGCUGGUGGAGCUGUGGGAUCUCAUGGACUCGCCCGUGGAGGAGCGGCGGGGCUUCCAGAAGGCGGCGGCCGUCCUGAGGCCCGCCAAGGAGGAGGUCCUGUCCUCCGGCGUGCUGUCCAUGGCGAGCAUCAAGAGGACGGAGGAGGAGGUGGAGAGGCUGACGAGGCUCAAGGCCGGCCGGAUGAAGGAGCUGGUGCUCAAGCGCAGGCUGGAGCUGGAGAACAUCUGCCGGAGCAUGCACGUCGAGCCCGACGCCAGCACCGUGCCCGAGAAGUCCAUCGCGCUCAUCGACUCCGGCCUCGUGAACCCUUCUGAGCUGAUGGCCAGCAUCGACGACCAGAUAGCCAAGGCCAAGGAGGAGCAUCAGUCGAGGAAGGACAUCAUGGAGAAGAUCAACAAGUGGCUGCUGGCCUGCGAGGAAGAGAAAUGGCUCGACGACCACAACGUGGAUGAGAACAGGUUCAGCACCGGCAGGACUGCACGUCUGAACCUCAAACGCGCCGAGAAAGCCAGGGUCAUCAUCAUGAAGAUUCCAGCUAUUGUUGAUAACCUGAUGAGUCGAACGCUGGCAUGGGAGAGCGAAAGAAAGAAGCCUUUUCUGUACGACGGGGCUCGCCUGGUGGCCGUGUUGGAGGAGCACAAGCAAGCCAGGCUGCGGCAGGAGGAGGAGAGGAGGCGACUCCGGGAGCAGAAGAAGCUGCGCACUCUGUUCAGCGAGAAGGAGACGAUGCCGCGCCUCAAGAGGCCCAGCGGCAGCGGCGGCGGCGGCUUCAGCAGGACGCCGGACCCGAGUAGCAUGAACCGGAAGAGGGUCGACGCCGGCAGGCUCACGUGCUCCGCGCCGUCGAUGCGCAGCAGCAGCAGCGGCUCCAGCGGCGGCGGAGGCCGUUCCUCGGCCGAGCUCGACCGGCCGCGGUCGUCGGCGGCCGGGGCCGGGCGCUGCGGCGAGCUCCUGCAGGGCGCGCGGCGCCUGUCGGCAGCGUCGGCGUCGUCGUUCAACUACGUCGCCGUGGCCAAGGCGGGCGGCAGCAUGUCCUCGUCGCUGGCGUCGCUGUCCUGAACUCACCGAGCCGAUCGCGGCCGCUGCUCUCACAUUUUUUCUUCCUUUUUUUUCGUUCUUUGAUGGUAGGGGAAAUAGCAUGGCAGAAAAGAAUUUGGUAUCUUGUGUGUCUUGAAAUGAUGAUGUUGUUUUGCUGCCGGAACUUGUAAAUGCGAUUCAUGUUCUCUGAAGAAAUGACUUUAUCCUGCAACUUUUUUUUGGAACGAAAA